AUGCCCACACCACAUCCAGAGCGUCCAGAAUUCUACACGACAGUUACCCGAGCAGCAAUCUCUAUCUUCGAGGCAAUAGCUGUGGUAACCAGCGCACUCAGUACCAUGAUCAAUGAGACACUUGCCGUGCACACAUCUCGGGGGCCAAUGGCCGUCUUCACCAGGACCCGUGAGGCGUUGUAUCUUGUAUUGAUCGACCGCAUGAACAACAUCCAGCAGCAGGAUAGCGAAGGCGACGCAGAUUAA